AUGCUUGAAACAGAGAUCUCAAGUGUUCUUAGAGAACCCCGCUUUGUGGUUAGAAAAUUUCAGGCCAUAUCUCAAAGAGAAGGAGCUGGUGCUGUUGUCCGACGAAGCAUCGGAAGGUUUGAGCUCAGAUACUUCGAUCCGUUCCUCAUAUUAGAUGAAUUCCAAGUUACAGCUCCCGGUGGAUUUCCUGACCAUCCACACAGAGGUUUCGAAACGGUCACCUACAUGUUGCAGGGAGCUGUUACACAUGAAGAUUUCAAAGGGUAAAAGGGUACCAUAAGAGCAGGUGA